CUGCAGGAUGUGAUCAGAAUGACCAGAAAGCCAGUCAUGGCCAGGCCAGGGCUGGCGCUCUUUCUCCUACUGCUGUCAUCGCUGUCACUGAAGCCCUCCUCACUCCCACAGCUGGAUGGCACAGAGGGCAAGGCCACCCUUGCAGGCCUAAUUCUGUCUACACUAGAGAGAGCCACCAUGUUCCUGGAGGAGCGGCUGCCUGAAAUCAACCUGGAUGGUGUGGUGGGUUUUCAGGUGCUGGAAGCACAGCUCCGAGGUGCACAGGAGGCGUGGGCAUCGGACCCCGUGCUGCAGCCAUUGUGUCUGCGAACUGGGCAACUGGCUGACAAGCUGGCCCCUCUCCUCCACAGAUCCAUCACCUACCUGAAUCUCAGCGAUCCUGAGUACCUAAGAGAGUUCCAGCCAAGCCUCCAGCCUGGGUUUUGGAAGCUGCCCCACACCUGGACCCACACCAGUGCCUCCCUAGUCUAUCCCUGGCCUGAGCUCCAAUACUCUUUCUCAGAGGACAGCAGUGACGCAUGCUUGGUGCUGCUGUUGGGAACAGGGAACACCAGCAGCCAGCCUUGUGGGCUCUCAGACUUCUGCAGGAAGUUCAUGACCAAGCCUGGCUGCUCUGGCUAUUACCUGUCCCACCAGAUGCUUUUCUUCCUCUGGGCCAGAAUGUCAUGUUCUGUGGCAUUGGUGGCUUCUCUGACUUCUACAAGCUCCGGUGGCUGGAGGCCAUACUCAGCUGGCAGAAGCCACAGGAAGGAUGCUUUGGAGUGCCUGAUACUGAGGGUAAAGUGCAACCUGCACACUUUCUGUACCAACAGCAUGUUCUCAGAAGAGUCAAGAGGCGAGAGAAACAAUUCACAGAUGGGUGCCCUUCUGUCACUGAAGGAAAAGGUCCCAAGGCUUUCAUAUUUGGGGGACAGAGGAAAGUGUCUUCAAACAGCUCAGAAGGACAGAGCCCUCUGUUCAGAGAGAUCGCCCGAGAGGAGCAUAGAGGCUCCAGUGAGGUGUGGAACAGCACAGAGAUAACCUUGCUCGUUGGGAGUAGGUUUAGGGACUAGAACCUGCAUCAGGAACUUCACAGAGAGAACUGAUUAUCAGAAAUAUGCCUUAGGAGACUGGAAGACCUGAAAAGAAAAAUAGAAAUCACGGAGGUUAGCAGCGCAGGAGGCCCCAGGAAACAGGCGAGCAGAGCCUAGCUUCUUCUCUCAUCUGGCAGUGCCUCCUGUUAGACAAACCUUGGCAGAUGCCUGAGCCAAGGUGCCUUGGAAGUACACUUUAGAGGGGUCUCUGUGCAGCAUUUGGAGCAAGGAAAGGCAUGGAGGGGCCUAUGAGCUGACGGGCAAGUGGUAUAAAUGGUUCCAGGUGACCCCAGGGUCCCCCUAUUUAUACCUUCUGUCUGGGGCCUGAGGAAUAGUGUCCCUUAUGUCCCCAAGUGUGCUGCUUUGAUGAGAUGUUGCACAGUCAGCCAGGCAAUGCAGAGAAACCAAGAGCAGGACACGGUCACAUGGGGAAGGAAAGGAAGAGAGACAGCAGGCAGGGGUAUGGAAGGGAGAGAAGACUCUGGUUUCCAGUUUUUAUCAAUAAAAAGUAGAUGAGCACAUUGCAGUGAAAGGGCAGCAGAAGGGCCACGUUGCAGAGCAAGCAUCCCACAAACUGAGGCUAAUGAUUCCAGCAAAGCAGGUCCACACAGGACACCAAGCACCCACGUGCACUUGGCAGGUUGCCCUGAUGACACUGGAAAAGCAUUUCUUUCCAAUAGAUGGGUUGAGUUCCAAGUUGAGUUUAUUUAGUCCUUGGGGCUGAAGUUUCCAAGUCGGCACUCAUCAGGUUGUCUCCC